AAAAAUUGUUAAAAUGGCGUAAAGAUUUGUUUAGAAGAAUAUUACUUUUGGGUGUGGCUUUUAACAUAAACUAUUGAUGAUAGUUUUGUAAACAAUUAAACCAGUUUUUGUCAGAAAUUUAGUUUCUCGGGGGGAAAAGUCCCCCGAAUUUUAUUUAGCCCCCAGGUGAUUCGAUCGACUUGCUCAUCAUUAUUUUGAAACUGUGACUAAAGAAAAUGUUAAUAAUUUUCUGCAAAACUAUAAAAUACUCAAAAACGCCAUGAAGAUUUAAAUUGAAAAAUGUCACGUUUAGCGGACUAUUUCGUCGUUGUGGGUUAUAAUCAUGAGAAAGAGCGGAGCGGUAUUAGCAGCGGUAUAAUUUUACAAAGAUUCCCGGAAAAAGACUGGCCAGAUACGCCGUUUAUUGACGGAAUUGAAUGGUUUUGUCAACCACAAGGAUGGGCUUUAUCCACCGAACGACAAGAGCCGAAAUUUUUCGUCUCGGUACUUACAGAUAUCGACGCAAAUCGCUACUAUUGUGCUUGUCUUUGUUUCAAUGAAACGGUCUCAAUCACCCCUAGCAAGCCUGUGGAUGAAGAGGAAGACACCGUUGAAAGCGAGGCUUCUCUCGUGCGCCCCAUUCCCGCUAUAUCACAUCACAGCAUUAUGUACGCCCCCAAAUGUCUAGUAUUGGUCUCAAGAUUGGAUUAUAUCGAAACGUUUAGGAAUUGUUUAGGAAUUAUUUAUUCGGUUUAUGUAGAGAGUAUGCCAGUACCGUUGGAGAAUUUAGUCGGGAAUAUUCUUGGUUGUAUUCAGGUGCCUCCACCAGGGGGGCCCCAAGUGAGAUUUAGUAUCGGCGCUGGGGAUAGACAAGCGUUACAACCCCCAUUGAGCCCCUCACUACCAGUCACGCACACUUCCGUUAAUUUAUUAUUCCAUCAGUUAGGGAUUCGUAAUGUUUUAGUUUUAUUUUGUGCCAUAAUGACCGAACAUAAGAUUUUGUUUCAUUCGAAAAGUUAUAAUCGUUUGACUGAAGCUUGUCGUGCAUUAACAGCUCUCAUGUACCCCUUUCGAUAUUCACACGUCUAUAUACCUCUAUUACCAGCGGCUUUGGUCGAAUUUCUAUCAACUCCGACACCUUUCAUAAUGGGGGUACACUCGUCUUUGAAAUAUGAAGUCGCUGAAUUGAUGGAUGUGAUUAUUGCGGAUCUAGACGGCGGUUCUCUUACAAUUCCUGACGGAAUUUCACUUCCGUUACUCCCAGAACCGCUCUUGAGUCACACUCAGGAAAACCUGAGUCUUAUACUUCAACCAGAACUCAGCUGCGCUGAUCAUGCUUUCCCUCCGUUGGCAGUUCGGGCCCCACAACCCGCCAUGUUAGAUAAGGAAAUCAGGGCCGUAUUUAUGCGAACUUUUGCCCAACUCCUUCAAGGCUAUCGCAGUUGUCUCACAUUGAUUCGAAUACAUCCUAAACCGGUGAUAACUUUUCAUAAAGCGGCUUUUUUGGGCGAACGCAAUUUAAAAGAAUGCGAAUUUACAACACGUGUUUUGGAUUGUAUGUUUUUUACCAGUUUUGUGGCUGAAAGAGGUCCACCAUGGCGGCCAUGUGACGUCUGGGAUGAACUUUAUAGCAGUUUGGGUGAACUGAUGAAAGCUGAAACACAAGAUUCAAGAUUGAUUUUGAUUCAUAUACAAGAAUUGGCACAACAAUUGUACACUAAUGAAAAUCCCAAUCCGCAAUCGUACUCGCAAAAAAUUCUAGUACCUCCUGAAGGUGCUUUUGCAAGGAUACAUCAACCUAUUUUACCCAUCAUUAAUGGAGAACAAGUCCAAACCAUUAUUGAUGAAGGAUUGUCGAAAAAUAAUCUCAAAUCGAGUGGGGAUUAUGCCUGGUUGGCAUCUCUCCGGCCCAUCCAGCCUCGAAUCGUCCCUUCGGGCCCCCACAUUUCCAAUCUCAACGAGAACAAAAACAUUGUUAGUAAUUCGGCACGUCGUCUCGAAGUCCUUCGUAAUUGCAUUAAUUGCAUUUUCGAGAAUAAAAUCUCCGAUGCACGUAAAACCUUCCCGGCUGUACUGCGAGCCCUUCAAUCGAAACAAGCACGUUUAGCACUUUGUAAUGAACUUGCACAACACGUCAGUGGUACAAAAGCAAUGCUCGAACAUCAACAAUUCGAUCUAGUCGUACGUUUGAUGAAUUGUGGUCUUCAAGAUGAUUCAUCGAUGGACGAACAUGGCGUUGCCGCAGCACUUUUACCACUUUCGACGAUUUUCUGUCGUAAACUAUGUACAGGAAUCAUACAAUUUGCGUAUACGUGUAUUCAGGAGCAUGCAGUUUGGCAAAAUCAACAAUUUUGGGAAGCGGCUUUUUAUCAAGAUGUACAAAAAGAUAUUAAGGCUUUGUAUACGGCACGAUGUGAGAGUGUGAGAGGAGGAGGGGAGUUGUUAUCGAGUCCGACUUCGCCAAGAGAGAGUAAUAAAGAUUAUAAUUGGACUAAUAGAAGAAGUAUUUUGAAUCGGGUACACGAACCAACAGCGUUAGAAAUAGCAGCUGAACAAAUGAGAAUCUGGAGUUCUAUAGAUGGUGAAAAACAAAAAGAAUUAAUCACGUGUGAGGAGAAUACAAUGUAUAGUCAAGCAAUUCAUUAUGCAAAUCGAAUGGUUUAUUUAUUAAUCCCUUUGGAUAUUGGAAAUAAGACAAGUAAACAAGAGUUGGAUGAUGAUGAGAGAGCGAGUAAUAGUAUGGCGAAUAGUGUCGCUGAGAGUGAUAGUGCUGAUGCUGAGUCCGGUUUUGAAGAUCAAGAUCCGGGUGAGACCGGAAUGACAGUCAUUCGUCUUGUAUCUCGUUUCAUUGAUAAAGUUUGUAAUGAAGGUGGUGUAACUCGUGAACAUAUUCGAAAUCUCCACCAAAUGAUUCCCGGUGUUGUUCAUAUGCAUAUUGAGACACUCGAAGCGGUUCAUCGUGAAUCUAAACGACUUCCUCCAAUCCAAAAACCGAAAAUUCUUACACCCAAUAUGCUUGCCGGUGAAGAACUCAUUAUGGAAGGUUUACGAGUAUAUCUCUUACCCGAUGGACGAGAAGAAAGUAGUCCGGGAUUACUUGGUGGUCCACCACUUCUUCCAGCCGAAGGUGCUAUCUUCCUUACCAACUAUCGUAUUAUUUUCAAGGGAAUCCCCUGUGAUUCGUUCGCUUGCGAACAGAUUGUUGUGAGAUCGUUUCCAGUGACGUCAUUAACGAAAGAGAAGAAAGUUGCAGUUCAAUAUUUGGCACAUUUAGAUCAAUGGUUGCAAGAGGGACUUCAAGUGCGUUCAUGUACGUUUCAAUUGAUGAAAUUAGCGUUUGAUGAAGAGGUCACAGCUGAAAAUGUUGAAACAUUACGAAAAUUUAUUCAUAAAAUACGACAUCCACCUGAUGUGUUUCAUCAUUUUGCGUUUACGGGUCAAGUGGUUGUGAGUCAGACACCGUUGCAUAAAGGAAAGGAAAAAAAUGCAACUUUGAGAGGUUUUGCAAAGAAAACAUUAUUGAAAACGGCAAGAAAAGCAGGAUUUAAACAGAAAUCGUCAUCGAAACGACAAAAAUAUGUUUUACCAAAUUCAACACUUUAUAAUAGUAAUAAAUAUAUGACGAGUCCGGGUCGAAUGAGUUUACCAAAUACCGACGAGUAUAGUCACGAUGAUGAUUUAUCUAUUGAUGAUUUUGAAACGGGACCAUCGUCAGUGCCAACUGCACCUACAGAUGCUAAAACUUUAGAACGUUUAGUUGAACGUAGUUAUGUAAGAGAUUGGCAAAGAUUGGGAUUAUGUAAUGAUAAUUCAUCACCGACAAAUGCUAAACCAGCUCCAGAUCAAUUUCGCUUGACUACAGUCAAUUCCAUGUAUAUGAUGUGUCGAAGUUAUCCGGCACUGUUGGUGGUACCGGCAAGUGUGCCAGAUGAAAGUAUUCGUCGCUUUUGUCGUUGUUACCGCCAGGGGCGGAUCCCCAGUACCACUUGGAGACAUCCUCGUACAAAAGCUCUUUUAUUACGAGGCGCUGGUCAUCAUGGUAAAAGUGUAAUGGGAAUGUUGAAAAGUCAUCCAACUCCAAAUGCUUCCACUGAAACCACAACAUCGUCUUUUGAACAAGAAAAAUAUCUUUCAGCUCUCGUUUCAGCCACUCCAAUAUUCUCAUUACGUCAUCAUGGUUCAGCUUGGGGAAUGUCCGAUAGUUCACUCAGUGUGAAUUCAUUAUUUUUAGCAGCUGAUGAUCCAUUAAGUGGUGGUGCAACUCUAACACCUGAAGUGGCACGACGUUCAAAACCGCUGAAAGGAAUGGGAACUUUGGCGAUGUUUCCAAGGUCAUCUGGUGGUAAAGGUCCGAAGAAUUUUGGUCGAUGGGGCUCUUUAAAAGACAGACGCCAAAGUUCACAAGCAUCACUUGCCAAUGUUCAACAAAAUCGCAGUAAUAUAAUAAGACAUUCAACCGAUGCUGAUAGUUCAAUAUAUGGUGUUCAUACGUUGCAAAGAGCCGCUUUGUAUAUUUUAGGAGAAAAGGCACAAAUGAAAGGGGUAAAAGUCGAAUCGGCCCCAAAGACUGAUUUUAUACCAGUGGAAUAUUACGAUGUGCGGCAUACAAAGACAGCAUUUAAGAAAUUAAUGAGAGCGUGUAUACCGAGUUCAGCAACUGAUGCGCCCGAACAAAGCUUCCAUAGAUUGAUUGAAAAUUCGGAAUGGUUGCAACAAAUUCAGAAUAUAAUGCAACUCGCUGGCGCCGUUGUUGAUCUUCUUGACCUUCAAGGCUCCUCUGUGGCAAUUUGUCUUGAAGAUGGUUGGGAUACAACAGCUCAAGUCUCAUCCGUUGCUCAACUCUGUCUCGAUCCUUACUAUCGUACAAUGGAAGGUUUUCGUGUUCUAGUUGAAAAAGAAUGGAUCGGUUUUGGACAUCGUUUCAGUCAUCGUAGCAAUCUCAAUGCGAAUUCACAAGCGUCGGGAUUUGCACCGACUUUUCUACAAUUCUUAGAUGUCGUACAUCAAAUUCAGAAACAAUUUCCAAUGGCAUUUGAAUUUAGCGAUUUCUAUUUGCGUUUUUUGGCUUAUCAUUCGGUGUCGUGUCGUUUUCGUACGUUUCUAUUCGAUUGUGAAUUGGAGAGAGUUGAGAGUGGCGUUGCCGCUGUUGAAGAUAAAAGAGGUUCAUUAACGUCGCAUCAUAAAAGUGUGGAUACCAUCUCCGAUGAUGAGAAUAUUUAUCCGGGUGGAGGAAGGGUUGCAGGAACGACUUGUGGUACAAAUUUAGGACAAAGUGUCUUUGAUUAUGUGGAGAAGCAACAUGCGAGAACACCACUUUUUUUCAAUUUUAUGUACACACCGGAUUUUGAACAUCCUGUUUUGAGGCCACAAUCACAUCUUCCGUGUCUCGAAAUUUGGCAAUACUAUUUAGAUGAGAAUCUACAUCAUGGUCCUGAAUAUGAUCUUGAAAUUAUUCAACUUGAUACACAACAAGAAGAAGAAGCCGAAGCCGCUGAUGGUAUUUCAAGUAAAAGUAAUCGAAAAAUAAUAACUCUAGGUUAUGAUUGUGUCAGUAAAUGUGUACCGGAUGCAUUUAGUCAUCUUUUGGAGGAAAUUCAUCGAUUAGAAACCGAACUUGGACAUUUACCACAAAAAUGGAAAGUUCUUUGGGACAAACUCGAAUUACCAACCACCGAUUCUCUCACUAGACAUUCCUCGUUUAGUACAGCUCUAGUUCGUUCUCAUGGCCGUUUGGUCCAUAAACGUUCAACUCUUGAAAUUCUAAUGAGAGGUAAAAUGGUGGGGGCUGCUGAAACAUCAUUGGUAUAUUCACACCCUCACCGUUUCGAAAAAUAUAAUUACACCACGCCCACAUAUUGUGAUUAUUGUACGAAUUUAUUAUGGGGACCAGUGAAGACCGGUAUGAGAUGUAUGGAUUGUGGGUAUAGUUGUCACGAGAAAUGUAUAGAGGGUGUGCCUAAAAAUUGUACAAAAUAUAAAGCAAUUGCUGACAAUAAUGCAUCACAGACUAUUUCGGGUACAGGAGGUGAUAAUGGGUCAGUCAGUUCAGGUAGCGCACGACAGACCUCUAGUCAGCAAUAUUACGACCAGUUUUCUUCCAAUGUGGCUGAAAAUAGGACACACGAAGGGUAUUUGUAUAAAAGAGGAGCGUUGUUAAAAGGUUGGAAACAGCGGUGGUUUGUUUUGGAUUCGAUUAAGCAUCAAUUGAGAUAUUACGAUGCAAUGGAGGAUUCACACUAUAAGGGGUAUAUAGAUUUGGCUGAAGUAAUGUCAGUGACGUCAGCUAGUCCCGCCCCCGGCCCACCGAAAAAGACUGACGACAAAUCAUUUUUCGAUUUGCGCACUAGUCGACGCACUUAUAAUUUUUGUGCAGCGGAUGCUGCUACCGCACAAGAAUGGAUCGAGAAGCUGCAAGCUUGUCUACAAUAAUAAUAAUAAUACUCUUUCUUAUCCAAAGUUACUUUUUUUUUUCUUAGUCACAAAUCAUACUCAUAGGUGACAAUAAAUGUUGAAUUAUUUUUAGUCAUUAUUUAUAUUUUUUUUUAUAAAACGCACACAUUUAUGUAUUAACUGGCUCAAGUCUCUCUAUAUCAUGCAAGCAUAUCAAUGUUUUUCGGGAUUAUUUGUUAUUGUUGUGUAUAUUAUUACAUUCCGUGUUAAUAACCGCUCGACAUAAGUCGCACCCUAGAGUCGCUGUUAUAUUUGUGAUAUAUUGUUUAGUUACUUACGUUAACAUGUCUCAAAGUAUAUUUCCUUAGCUUAAUCUAUGCAAUGUGAAAUAACUGCCAAAGUUAAUAAACCAUUUUAAAAAUUUUAUUCAAACAG